AUGGAAGACUAUGAAGUGAUUCAGCAAAUUGGAAGAGGAGCACUUGGUGCAACUUUUCUUGUUUUACACAAGAUUGAGAAAAAGAGGUAUGUGCUGAAGAAAAUUCACUUGUCCAAACAAGCAGACAAAUCCAAAGAAACAGCACUACAAGAGGUUACUAUGGACCUGAUAGCUAAACUUAAUCACCCUUAUAUUGUGGAGUACAAAGAUGCUUGGGUGGAGAAGAUGUUAAACUUUUGCAAGGACAAAAAGGACCGUGGGAUAAAUCGUGAAGUGUUUCCGACUGCGAAUGUAAAGAAAGCUCGGGGAUCUUAUUUUUCAGAGGAGAAAGUCUGCAAAUGGUUGACUCAGUUGUUACUAGCUGUGGACUACCUUCACUCCAAUAGGGUACUCCACAGAGAUCUUAAGUGUUCCAACAUAUUCCUGACCAAAGAAAAUAACAUUCGGCUAGGUGAAUUUGGUCUUGCAAAGCUUCUUAACACUGAAGACCUUACUUCCCCGGCUGUUGGAACUCUAAACUACAUGUGUCCUGAGGCCUUUGCUGGUAUGCCUUACGGUUAUAAAUCGGAUAUGUGGUCACUUGGUUGCUGCAUGUUUGAAAUUGUUGCACAUCAACUGGCAUUUCGUGCUCCAGACAGGACUGGGCUUAUCAAUAAAAUAAAUAGAUGCUCCGUUUCUCCAAUGCCAAUUGUUUACUCGUCCACACUGAAACAACUUAUCAAGAGCAUGCUGAGGAAAAACCCAGAGCAUAGACCAACAGCAUCUGAAUUAUUAAGGCAUCCUCAUUUACAACCUUAUGUUCUACGCUGUCGUAAUGCUUCAUCUAUUUAUCUACCAGUACAUCUUAUAAAUAGUAACUCUCCAAAGGAUAAAACAAAAAACAAAUCUAGUGGUGGCAAAGACCAUUGGGACAAGGAGGCAGGGUUGGCAGGAUUAGUAAAUCGUUUGGAUCGAAUUUAUCCAUUUGAGGGAAAUGGAGAUGUACAGACGCGGAACCGCCAUAAUGACGGCAAGCUAGCAGUGCCAAUCAGCGCCAAAGACAACCUUGAGACCAAAAUGGUUGAUUCUACCAGUUACACUCUGGAAUUUUCUACAAGUAUUAGUGGAUCAAAAGAUGACUCAACAACAUCUGAAUCAACCGUUUGCAGUGUGUGCAAGGAAGGAGACUUUAAAAAUAAAUUUGCAAGGGACACGGCUGACAGUGAGAUCACUUCAAAGAGUACAAUACAUUGUGUGCAUGAAGAACAAGGAGUUACUACUCUCAAGUCAUAUGCAAUUGACAUAAAUACAGUAAUUAAAAAUGAAGAUAGUUUUUCCAUUGAAGAUUUCAAUACAGAUGAAGCACUGAGUGAAGGUGCCAAACCUGAGGAGUCCAUUAAAUCAACCAUGUCCAGUGAAGACAGCAACAGUAAUGAUAAGGAUGAGUCCAUCGAUGAGAUCAUGUCAAAGAGUACCCUAGAUUCUGUGCAUGAAGAUCAAGGAUCUACGGCUGAUCAUUUUCAGAAGUCAGGUAUGAUUGACCCAAGCGCAGUAUCUACAAAAGUAGAAGAUGAUUUUUCCAAUGAAGGUUUUGAUAAAAUGGAAGCAGAGAGGGAAAAUGCCAAACCUGAGGACUCUGGACACUCACUAGUGUCCAUUGAAAACAGCGAAGGUAAUGAUAAUGAUGGGUCCAUUAAUGAGAUCACUUCAAAGAGUAUGCUAGAAUCUGCGCAUGAUGAACAUAAAUUUGCUGCUGAACAUUUUCCGAAGUCAGAUGUGAUUGACUCGAAUGCAGUGGUUACAAAAGUUGAAGACAAUUUUUCCAAUGAAGCUUUUGACCAAACUGAAACAGAGAGUAAAAAUGCCAAACAUGAGGACUCCAGAAUAUCAGUAGUGUCCAAUGAAAACAGUGAUAGUAAUGAUAAUGAUGGGUCCAUUGAUGAGAUCAGAUCAAACAGUACACUCGAUUCUGUGCCUGAAGAGCAAUGGUUUAUUGCUAAACAUGUUCAAAAGUUGGAUGCAGACAAAAUUUCUAAUGAAGGUUUUAAUAAAGCUGAAGCACAGAGGGAAGAUGCCAAACUUGAGUGCUGCAGUAAAUCAGUUUCCUACGAUAACAGCAAUGGUAAUGAUGAAGAUGGACCUGGUGGUGAGAUCACGUCAAAGAGUAUGGUAGAUUCUGUAGGUGAAGAACAACGACUCGCUGAUGAACAUUUUCAGAAGUCUGAUGCAAUUGACAUAAAUGCAGUGACUACAGAAGUUGAAGAUAAACUUUCCAAUGAAGGUUUUGAUAAAGCUGAUACACAGGAGAAAGAUGCUAAACCUGAGGACUCUAUAAAAUCUUUGUCCAGUGAUGUCAGCAGCUGCAGUGAUAAAGAUGUGUCCAUUGAUGAGGAAAGGUCAUCAUCGCCAAUGGCACAAGCUGUUAAGGUUGAACGUGACACUGAAACUGGAAGCAGCUUGAAGGAAAAUGAAAACCUUGAAGCAUUUAAGGAAGGCACACGCAUGGACAGCUUGACUUCUGAUACUAACAACACGCAUCUAGGUAAGGAUGAAAGCAGAGAAAACACACACACAAUCAGUUGUUCAACGUGUAAAGAAGACAAUAAUGCUGUCGUGGCCAAUAAGCCAGCAAAUGGCAUUUCAUCAAGCACACGUAUUUCAAGAGGCAGUAAUACUUCCUGCCAGCAAAGAGCUGAUGCUCUGGAAUCCCUGCUUGAGUUAUGUGCUCAGCUACUUCAGCAAGGUAAACUUGAAGAGCUUGGUGCUGUGCUAAGACCAUUUGGAGAAGAUGCUGUAUCUGUGUCAUCCAGAGAAACAGCAAUAUUGCUUACGAAUAGCCUCAUGGCCUCACAAAAACUUAAUUCUAAAACGUAG